GGGACGCGUAGACGUGCCGCGGUCCCCGCCCGCCGCAGCGCCCCCGCCCCAGCCAGCCCCGCUCUGCGUCCGCCGGCACUCGGAGCAGCCCCGGGCGCUGGCGCGACGGUCCCCGCCAUGUCUGCGGCCAUGAGGGAGAAGUUCGACCGGUUCCUGCACGAGAAGAACUGCAUGACCGACCUCCUGGCCAAGCUCGAGGCCAAGACCGGCGUGAACCGGAGCUUCAUCGCGCUCGGUGUCAUCGGGCUGGUGGCCUUGUACCUGGUGUUCGGUUAUGGAGCGUCUCUCCUCUGCAACCUGAUAGGAUUUGGCUACCCAGCCUACGUCUCAAUUAAAGCCAUUGAGAGUCCUAACAAAGAAGAUGAUACCCAGUGGCUGACCUACUGGGUAGUGUACGGUGUGUUCAGCAUUGCCGAGUUCUUCUCUGAUCUCUUCCUGUCAUGGUUCCCCUUCUACUACAUGCUGAAGUGUGGCUUCCUGUUGUGGUGCAUGGCCCCAAGCCCUUCUAAUGGGGCUGAACUGCUCUAUAAGCGCAUCAUCCGUCCUUUCUUCCUGAAGCAUGAGUCCCAGGUAGACAGUGUGGUGAAGGACCUGAAAGACAAAGCCAAAGAAACUGCAGAUGCCAUCACUAAAGAAGCCAAGAAAGCUACCGUGAAUUUACUGGGUGAAGAAAAGAAGAGCACCUAAAUCAUUGACUGGAUGAAACCUUUCUGCCCUCUCUGUACCUUCCUAUUAGAGCUUGAUGUUAUAUUAGGGACUGUGGUAUCAUCUUAAUAAUGUUGCCUUGAAAACAUUUUUGAUAUAUUAAAAAAUGGAAUGUGUUGUAAGUUUUUUUGCUUACUUUUGCUGUCUGUAUACAUAGAGGGAGCAUUUUAAUUUAAACUUAAUGCAGUGGGUACUGUCCAAAAUUUUGGAAAAUAUAUUUUGCCUCUGGGUAGGAAAUAUUAUGUUACUAUCCUGCGGGAAAUGUAAACUUAAAAUUAUAUAUCCCACAGGCUCUGUACUUCACUGGCUCACUUUGCAUGCAUUUUCUCUGUACUUAAAUUUAGGAUAACCUUUGUGGUUCUACUUCAUGCAAUGUACAAUUUUAUAUAAUUCUUAAAUGUUUUUAAUGUAUUUGUGCAUCUAUAUAGGGAAAGGUUACUGUCUGACUAUAACAUGCAUAAUGCUCACAGGGAAGGGGGCAGGAAAAAGCUGUAUAUGCCAUUUAUAACCACCUGCCAAAAUCUGGAAGGUACCAUUGUGCUACUGUGAUGUACUAAAUAAUCCUUAAGAAAAUACAAAUGGUAAUAUUCAAAUGAACAAAGUGAGAAGUGAGGUUGAAUGGAGGUGGGCCUCGUUGUUUUCCUAAUAUCAUAGCACCUGAAUACCAUUAGAGCUUUGUAAAGCAGUUAGUCACUCUAGUGAUAAAUGGCGAAAUUUCCACGCACCAGUAACAUACCUGUUAGUUCUCUGUAGAACUACUAAUUGUGUCUUAUCUGCUUAUAAGCUUUAGAUUUGCCCGUUUUUAAGAUGCUAAAAUCGAAACCAUUCCUGGUUUUUCCUUCAAAGCUGAGUAACACGUUCGUUUAGUCUUAUUUCUUUCCUGGUCUUUUUAAAGCCAGUUUAAGGAAGCUCCAAAGACUUCCCAUCUCUGAUUACAUAAAUGUUCUUCUUUGUAUCAUUAGCAACAACGUGCUAAUGAUGACACCAAGCUGGAAAGGCAAUUCUGGGAGAAUGAAAGCAAGUGUGAUAUAACCUAUAAUCUGAUUUGCAGUGGUUAAGUCAAACUGCCUUCACCUUUUUUUUCCUCUGUACUUUAAGGUCAAACACAAAAGUCCUCCCUCAUUUACAAGUCAGAAUCAUUUGUAGUCUACUGAAAUGCCUUCAUCUUUAUCCUUUGUUUUGAUAAACUGCAUAUGACUACAUGGUCUGAGAACAGACAAAAAAGUAAAAAUACCUCCACCCUGAUCAACCAAUAGCUUAUUGAGAUCUUGAUAACUUGCUUGGAUUAGAAAAUCUGAGCUUUACAUCAUACUGUUAGGAUCCUUUUGAUUUAUAUUAAACUGGACUAAAACAAGUAUAUACAAAACUAACAACGUUAAAUAUCCAGCCAGUAAAAUAUUUUGAAGGCAAAUAAAGAUGAUUAGUGUCUUUUAGAUAACAAUCAGGCAAGAUCACAAUGAUGUAUCAUGAUGUAAAAAAAAUAGUAAAAAUUUCAAAAAUAAGGGACAGUGUCACCCAAAUAUUAUAAUAAUAUGGAUCAGAGCAGAUAGUGUUUCUGGGAAAAGUGACUAUUAGGUAUCUUACUAGUUAAACUUAAAAAAAGAAAACUGGAAAGCAAACAAUUAUUAUUCAGAGAAAAAUCAAGCCUUAGCUUAAAAAAAAAAAAAAGGUAUCUCUAGGAGUAUUUAAAUCCUUUUCCCAUAAUAUAUAAAUGACACUUUUCUUGGUGAUUGACAGAAGAAUGAACAUUAGCAACUUUUAGCAUAUAGGAUAUCUAAUCAGAUAGUAUACAGAAUAUAUUAUCCAACAAGAUGGGGAGGCAUGAGUUACUAUUGCUAAUAAUUACUUAGAAGCUAAUAUAAGUUUAAAAACUACCAUAGUAAAAUAUAUUCUGAAUGCAAAUUUUUUUAUCCUCUUGAUAUCAUAGCUUUCUCCUACAAGUGCAUUCUGCAAGAAAUUUAAGUUACUGUUUUGGGCAGGCAAAGUGUACAUGUUAUCAGCAGAAGUUAGACUUGAGCCCUUCUGUCUCAGUUUAGAUUUCCCAAAUAAAAUACUGCCAUGGCUAGAAUAUUUGAAAGCCAGUUGAGCCUGUGCCUCGCUAGAAGGCAAGUAUUAUUUUUAUGUGAAUGACAUUUUAAGGGUAUGUAAAGUUACAGAAUUCCUACUACACAUGUUAAAGUCUUCAAAAUUGAUUUGUUUACCUUACAUGAAAACUUCAAUCAUUCAGAUCAACAAAGUUACUACUGCUCUGGGGAGGUCUUCUACCCACAGCCUGAAGAGAAUGAGCAUAGCCUUUAAAUAAGUUAUCACCUAUCCUGAAGAUGUGAUAUAUUGAAUGGAAAUGGAUGUAAAUAAAAUUUGGUUCUCAUUUAA